CGGAGGCCUUGUCCUGACUGUUGGUGUCCCCUGGGCAGGACCGGUGCCUUGGCGGGAACCGCCCCGGAGCUCGGCGCACAUGCCCGCCCGCCAGCGCCCGGAAGAUGACCAGGCUGCUCCUGGGGGUGACCCUGGAGAGGAUCUGCAAGGCCGUGUUGCUGCUGUGCCUGCUGCACUUCGUCAUCAUUAUGAUUCUCUACUUCGACGUCUAUGCCCAGCACCUGGACUUCUUCAGCCGCUUCAACGGCCGGAACGCCUCCCGGGCCCAGUCCUCCAACUCCUCCCGGCCCAACGGCACCGCCCCCAGCUGUGGGCCGGCUGGCGCUGACCCAGCAUCCAGCGCCAACCACUCCGGCACCGAGAAGCCCUUACCGCCCUGCCAGGAGGUGCCGCCUGGCUUAGUUGGCCGGCUCCUCAUCGAGUUCAGCUCGCCCAUGAGCAUGGAGCGGGUGCAGCGGGAGAACCCAGACGUGCGGGAGGGCGGCAAGUACGUGCCCCUGGACUGCCAGCCCCGCCAGAAGGUCGCCAUCCUCAUCCCCUUCCGCCACCGGGAGCACCACCUGCGCUACUGGCUGCACUACCUGCACCCCAUCCUGCGCCGGCAGAAGGUCGCCUACGGCAUCUACAUCAUCAACCAGUACGGCGAGGAUACCUUCAACCGGGCCAAGCUGCUCAACGUGGGCUUCCUGGAGGCCCUGAAGGACGAGGACGACUACGACUGCUUCAUCUUCAGCGAUGUGGACCUGGUCCCCAUGGACGACCGCAACCUGUACCGGUGCUACGAGCAGCCGCGGCACUUCGCCAUCGCCAUGGACAAGUUCAGCUUCAGGCUGCCGUAUGCUGGCUACUUCGGGGGCGUCUCAGGCCUGAGCAGGUCCCAGUUCCUGAAGAUCAACGGCUUCCCCAACGAGUACUGGGGCUGGGGAGGCGAGGACGACGACAUCUUUAACCGGAUCUCUCUGAACGGCAUGAAGGUGUCGCGUCCCAGCGGCCACAUCGGGAGGUACCGCAUGAUCAAACAUGAGCGCGACAAACACAACGAGCCCAACCCACAGAGGUUCACCAAGAUCCAGAACACCAAGAUGACGAUGAAACGGGACGGCAUCAGUUCCCUGCAGUAUCGGCUGGUGGAGGUGACGCGCUGGCCCAUGUACACGAACAUCACGGUGGACAUCGGCAAGCCGCCCCCACGCCCGGCCCGGGGCUAGCACCUUCCCCCGGCCCACGGGAGCAUGAGGCUGGAGUGCAGGGCUGGCCGUGCCCUGGGCUGGCUGGAUGCAGAGGAGUCUCGCCGUGGCCCGGGGGUGCGGAUCGAACCAGGACGUGUUCGGCCCACUCUGUCUGCCUUCUGGACAUGGCUGCACCCCAGAUUCCCCCCUCACCGCGCGGCGGUUAGCCCUGCCCCGCGGGCCGGGGACAACGCAGCAGCCCCCCAGUGUCCAAAACGGCCCCAGCCAGGGGCUUGGGGAGCUUCAGGCUCGGGCUAACGAGCCCCCCCCCUUUACGAGGAGAGCCAAGGACUGAGCUGCAGCUUCCCCGGGGCGGUCCUGGGCCGGGCGUGUCACCCCAUCGCCCUGACUGGCUCAGUCUGGGCCAGCGGCAGCAGGGGCUCUGUGCCCCACGGGUUCAGCUCCAGCUGGGCCAGGGCUCAUUCUGUGGGCGCUCGCAGGGCUCCCGGGGGGCAGCGUGGCUGGGAGAGGGGCCAGUGCGGCUCCCUGCCACCUGCUCCCCCUCCUGCCUUGCUCCUAGUGGGGCACAGGGCUCUGAGCACAGACACAGCCCCUCUCGCUGUCUUCCUCGGCCGUGUCAGCUAGUGCUUAGAGCCCAGGCCAGGACACCUGGGGCCUAGUCUCAGCUCUGCCCCCCUUUGUGCCUCAGUUUCCCCCCUGCCAGGGACUCAGGGGCUGGCCCCUCCUGCACACUGCGGCUGUGUGGGUGUACUGUAUCCCGGGGGGCUUCAAAGGGACUAUUCCCAUCCUGGCCCUGCCUCAGGGCUGCGCUGCAGGUUUCAGAAGCGGGGGAGCCCUUGUCUGCCCCAUUCCCUCCCUACAGCCCCCCCCGAGUGGCUGCUCCAAUUAGCGGGGCAAGGCGUCUCGGAGCCUGGGGCGGUGGUCACACCAAAACGGCUGUUGGUGAAAGGUAGGUCAGAGACUCUGUGGAUCUCCCCAGCUGUGGGCGGGGGCCCAGCCCCUGGCACGCUGUCCUGCCAAGCAGCCCUGCACCUCCCCUGCCUGCCGAUUCCAGCUGCGCCUGCUGCUGCACCCACCCAAGGGCCCUUUUACAGCACAGAACAUUCCAGCCCAGCUCUCCUCUGGGGCCGGGGCCUUGGCAAGAGGCGGCCGCUAUCUCUAGAACUAGUUUGCCUGGUGCCCUAGGAAGGGGAAGGCUCCUUGGUGGGGAUGGGCACUGCCCGCCCUGGAGGGCAGGAGCUGGUGGUGGGGCAGAGCCCUGCGGGGUUCCCUCCCUCUCUCCCCCGCCCAGGGCCAU